CGCAGAGCGGAAAAUGGAUGAAUUUAUCCUACAUAGAAAUACAAAUGCAAUUGUUGCUUCAGCGCUUGAAUUCGAAAUUUCUCAAGUAUUAAUGUAGAAAAACCAAAGUAGGCGUCUUAUUCUAUUCAUUCCGGUGGCUUCCUGGUCCGAUUUUGACUCGCGUCACACACAGACAUGACAUGCGGAAUUGAGUGGAGCAGCAUGGCAAGACCUUCGCGGCGCAAAGGCAGCGGGUGCGGCUGCGCUAGUGCCUCGCGCGGUUUCGCGUCUUCCUGUAAAUGAUGGCGCGCGCGCUUCUGGCUUUCGUAGUCGUCCUGCGAUCCGCGCGCGUCCGUUCCCGACUUCACUCUGAUGCAGGGCGAGGGUGCUCUUUGUUCUUCGUGGCAUGAGGCACGCCAGCGCCGUUCCCCAACCGGCGACACAACGCGCCCCGGAUCGCGGCGCUGGAUGGCACCCACGCGGCCCGGGGGGCUGGCGCGUUAGCCGGAAGAUCGUUGGAAAGGGCCGCGCUUCCUUCGGGAGGGCGGCCUGCCUUGCCGGCCACCGCGACCGCGACACCGGGCGGGGGUUUUGGGUGUGGCGGCCUUAUUGGGCAGACGGGCGACGCCACGGAUUACAAAACUCCGCAGCCGCCAGCCGCUGAGCACCCGCGCAGCCCCCCCCCUGCUGCCUGGGCAGGGCUGGCCCUUGCUGCCCGGCGCGGCCUGGUUGCCCCUGGCCUUGCCCUGGUUAGUGUCGUCGGACCCCUGCCCCGCGCCACGCACCCACGUGCGCGGCCGGCCCGGCCCUCGCGCCGGUCUGUUUUUCGAGCGAUGGGCCCGCGCCCCCUCCUGCAGAAAGUUAGUAAGCUGGGCCGGUCGGGCCCCCGCCUACUUCAGCUCAGAGCCGGGCGGCCCCUGAGCGUCGGCCUGCGCUGUAGUCCACCCCUCCUUCCUUCGUUGUGGAGCCCCGGCGAAGGCCGCGGCGCGGUUCCGAGGGAGCUCGCUCCCCACCAUCGUGGCCAUUAUCUGUCGUUACAAACAUACAGGCCCGCCGGGGUUGCCGCCAACUGGCCCUUGCUCCGGCGCGGUUUUCUGCAGACGCCCAAUUUUUGUCCAGCCAGAGCAAAAGCCAUCCUGCAGCCCCUUUGCUGGAGGUGCUUUGUGUUCGCUUGCAGCCUUGCAUACUAUGAUUGCCGGAUGCAGGAGAAGCAGUUCUUCAUCAGUG